UAGUUUCUAAAGAUAUAUGUACAGUACUACCGCUUCAGGUGUUGCUCUAAACAUGCGCAAGUAAUUUAUGUGAUGUAGUUUCAUUUUGAGUUAGGUUCAAGUACUGAGUUCUCCCGCUGACGAAUUUCCUAACAUGGCCACUCAUCCUUCGCAACUUGCAGUCGACAUGGAACUAAAAAAGGCUUUUCAAGAGAUGCAAUCAAAGAUGAUUACAACGACACAGCAGCUGAAGAUCUCAGAUGCCCAGAUUGAGACGUUGAAGAGGACCAUGGCACAUUCUAAACUAGUGGACACUGAGAUCUCGCAGCUCCCUGGUGGAAUCCGGGUGUACGAGGGGGUGGGGAGGAUGUUUCUUCUUCAACCCUUGGAUGUUGUACGGUCAAAUCUAACAAAGAAGAUCAAAGCAUCUGACGAGAAAAUUAAAACAAUAGAGAUUAACAAAGGCUACCUGGACAAAAGCCUAAAGGAAAGUGAAGACAGCUUGAGAGAGCUCGUGUUAUCAAAACAGCAAGGGAAAUAACUCCUUCUGGCUUAAUGCCACAAAGACUGUUCACCUUAUAAAACCAUCGUGUCUCUUGUGUUGUUCAUCAUGUUUUGUACCUCAUUUAUGUAUACAUAAUAUAAACAAUAAAACAUAGAAGCUCAUA